AAUGAAUUCUGUGCAAUACAUGCAGGCAGGCAUGCCGCAAAAUAGCCUCCCUCCCUUCCAUACUGUGGAUGGGAGCAGAAGAGACUGUGGAACUGGUAAUGGGGACAUGGGGGUUCCCCAGCAGACCAACAACCAUGCUGGUCCUCACAUGUCAGGUUACCCAACUCGUCGUGCGAUUGUGCCAUUUUUUAAGGCUGGGCGCUUCAGUCUUCGAGAACCUGAGGUCUUUGAGUGUCAAAUGCCCAGGGUGCCCCAAGUUACAGAAAGCUCACAGACAGGAUUAGAUACACCUAAAAAGAAGUCAGGCUCAGGGGAGAAACAUUUUUUCCCAGUCAUCCCUAGCUCUUUCAGUAAUAUUAAUCCCAUGGAUGGAAAAGGAGGGUUUCCUUUUCCACGAGAGGGUGGAAACAACCGGCUGAACAGACUUGCAGGAGAAGGGGGAAUAGACGGAGUCAAAAACCUGACUACUUCCUUCACAGAAGGUGAGGGCUAUGCAAAGAGAGGUAAUUCUAAAACUGUCGUCUCCCCUAGUUUUGGUGAAGCAGCUGCCAGAGCAGUGAUGACCACUUGUGUGGCAGAUAGUGCCACUUUCGUCACAGUGGCUAUCAUGAGUCGGCAGAGCUCCAUGUUAAAGCCUAAAGUCACAAACUCAGGAGGAAGCCAUGUUCAUGGACAGUCUACUACUGAUGAUGUCAAAGAAAAUAUCUUGCGUAAUUCUACUUUAGCUGGUGGCAAUGAUAAAACCUUAACUGAAGAAGUGGCCACCCCAAGAAUUCAAACACGAAGAGGCAGGCGACCAAAUGGCAAUGUAUCUGUGUCUGUGCCUGUAACAUCCCAGAGGGGCCGAAGAUUGCGUCAGCGAGUUAUAACUGAAAACAACAUUUCUGAUGAUGAAAACUUUGAAAAGAUAAUGGAAGAAAGAAAAGAAAAGGCUCGUGCAGCAGAGCAAGAAAGACUGGAAAUCAGUGUGCGCAUUGAUGAUUCCCAAUGUGUGACCUAUGGCGAGCAGAAGCGAUGGCAGUGCAACUUGUGUGACAAGUCCUACACCACCAAGCACAACCUGGUCAUGCACAUACUCGACCACAACGGUAUCAAGCCGCACCUGUGUUUGGUGUGUGGCAAGUACUUCAAGCAGCUAAGUCACCUUAACACACACAUGCUAACGCAUGACAACGUCCGGCCCCAUGUGUGCACGUUGUGUGGCAAAGGUUUCACACAGAUCAGCCACCUGAAGCGUCAUCAGGCAGUACAUCUUGACUCUAAGCCAUACUAUUGUGAUGUUUGUGGUCGUGGCUUUACAUAUCCCAGUGAGUUGCGUCUUCAUAAGGAGCGCCAUCUACAGGACUCGACAACAUCUGGUGAACACUGUUGUCUGGAAUGUGGGGAGGAGUUUCCUAAUGCUGCACAGCUGAGUCAGCAUCAGCUUCUGCAUGAGAAUCGUGAGGAGCUGAUCUGCACCUUCUGUGGACGCAAGUUCCGCUACCCUAGUCAACUUAAAGAUCAUGUUGUCAUACACUCUGGCAGUCGGCCUUAUAUGUGCACAGAGUGUGGAAUGGAUUUUAUGAAGGAACAUCACCUUCGAGCUCACCAGUUCACACACACUGGCCUCAGACCAUUCAGCUGCCCAAUCUGUGGACGGGCGUUCAACCAGCGUGCCAACAUGCAGCGUCACAUGUUGAUACAUAAAGCUGAGCGCUCGUACAAGUGUGACUGCUGUGACAAGACCUUCACCCAACCUCAGACACUCAAGGCACACAUGGUGGUCCAUGCCGAUCACAAACCCUACAAAUGCCAGCUCUGCAGCAAGGAAUUUGGGCGUCUUCACAACUUACAUGGGCAUAUGCACAUGCACAAUAACACCAAGCCCUAUGUCUGCUUUUGUGGAAGCUCCUUUACACUAAAAGGAAACCUCAAUCGCCACAAGAAGGUGAAGCAUGGCUUGAAUGAGAGUACUGAGAGCAUGGAAGAGGAUGUUGUAAACUACCUCAGCUCCCGGCGAGCACGGGAAGAACCCUCAGGUGAUGAGACAAUGGAUGGACUUGACAGUUCCUCCCUUGAUGUCCCAGACAAAUCUUCUAGUCGCAAGCAGAGAAAGUCCACGCCCAGAAAAAUUCCACGGAGAUCCUCAGGCAGCAACCGCAAACAUAAAGAAGGUGGAGAUAUGGAUGAAGCAGAUGAAGAUGAGUGUGAAGAUGAAAAUGAUGAGUUUGAUGAUGACGAGGAUGAGGAAGGAGGGAUGAAAAAUGAAGGCUUGCCCUCCCUACAUUUUCAAGCCCUUACCGAUGAGACAGAAACGCCAGGGUCAUUGGAAUCAGACCUGAAGCGCACACAUAAUGAAGAAGAAGAAGAUGAUAAACAUGCAGAUGAGGAGGAAGAAGAGGAAGAGGUGGCUGUUAAAAAGAGUCGGAGACUUUCCGAAAGGCAGAGGGGUUUGCAUAGGACAGGAGAUUUCCUACAAGAUUUGUCCGAUACAGACAAAGAGGAUGCAGGACAAGAUGGCACACUUGAUGAAGAUUGGCUUCCCUCAUCAGAAGUGAGGAAAAAAGAUGGAAAGGGUGCAAAGCUGGAUUCUCUGAUUGCUGAAAAAUUCAAGAAUUCUUGAAAUAAUUCUUUUGGUUGGAUAUUGCAUUAUUUUUUAAUUAUUCUUUGUCCAUCUAUGUUCAUUGAAACAAUGCAGGCCUUUUUAAUAUUUAUUUCCAUAUUUUGACCAUUAUAUUUUUGGGGGAGACAGAAUGGAUGUUAAGGGUUUUAAAAUAUUUGUAAUGGAUUCAGAUAAUGCUUUGACAAAGCCCUUAACUUCCGUCUUGACCUCAAACCAGGAAAGUGUAAUCAAAAAUAAUUGUUUGGGUUUUUUUUUUUUUUUUUUGUUUUGUUUUAAUGUGGACAAAGACUUAGAAGUGCUGCUCAUUUUUUACGUGUGACCCAAAUGCAAGUAGCUGCAGAAGAGUUUAUGUGUACACAAAGAAAUUACCAGGAAAAGUAUCAGACUUGCAGAUAACACAAGAUUGUAAAUUCUACAUCUUUUGCUGCAUUUUUUUUUCACUGGCUAUCUCUAUAUUCAGCUAAGUGUGUCAAGCUGUAUAAUGCUGUAAAGAUCUCAAGUAAAGACAUUUAUAAUUCUUUGGAUGAUGUGAGUAUGACAUUUAAUGCCUGCAGAAGACCACUACAGUUGGUUGAGGUUAUUGCAUCAUGAGGUGUAUUGUGUGCCUGUGUGCGUAGGUGAGUGGAUGGCUGGCCGUAGGAGUGGUCUGUGUGUGAAUGCAUAUACCAUGAGCUUUGGUCAUUCCUUAUUAUGUUUUGUCUUGGGUACUUUUAUAUUCACAUUGACUGUUGUUGAGUCAGUGGUCCCUCUGUUCUUUUCCAUCUUUGACGAUAAUCAGUUGUUUUGUUAAACAGGCUCUGUGUUAGAUCCUUGAUUUUACCGUAGGCCUUUGGCUGUAGAGUUUUCUUUACCAUGCUCUGCGACUCAACCACAGUAAUAUAAUCUUAGCCCUUUGUUUCUGAUCACAUUUCUUCCACUAUUUUUCAUGUUUUUUAGCUGUCUCUCAAAGAGAUCUUAUUUAAGAAGUAAAAUUUUAUAGAAACCACAUUCAGCAUUGAGCCCUUACAGCAGAAUACUGCACAGUGCAAUCUAGUUCAAAUCCAGUUAAAGACAGGACCAUUUUUAUUGUUAAAAAUAAAAAGGAAGAAAAAACAUUGAUGUAGGACUUUUCUUUUCAAGCGAUGAUCAAGGCUUCUGGUGGUAAGCUUUGUCAGCUAGUGUCCAUACAGCCCUAUCCUUUGCAACCCCUACUCCCCUGACAACGCCAGUACCGGUUGACCACAGACCAACAGGGUCAAUAGAAUGAAUGAAUGCAUCAACAGUUUGAUUAAAUUGUAUUUACUUCUCGUGCAUAUGUUUAUUUCAUCUCUGUAAACUAGUUAUCUAUAUUUUCCAGUGGGCAUUAAUGUUUUCCAAUAUAUGUGUUAGUAUUCUUACAUCAAACAAUCACAAGAAGCUGAUGCAUUUAAAUUAUUUUCCUGCAAUUAUCCAGCUAAAUAAAAUUACUUUAGUUGCUAGUUAUGGGUUACUGUUAUCUGGCAGUACAACACUAUCUGUGCAAUACGACCAAUAUGACAGCUCAUUGAAAUGUUCAGGUUGUAGGCCAUGGCUUAAAAAAAAUAAACUAUCAAAAUGUAUACAUGUAUGUGGAAAAUAUUGAUGGUUGUGCACUCAGAAAACAGCAGGGAUGAACAGUUAUAAAUAUUGAUUGGAAAAAAAUCACUUGGCCCAAUCUACAGUAUAUAUUUUUUCAAUAAUUUAAUCCACUUCAUUAUUCUUGGUUUGCAUUUUGUAGCCUUUACACUUGCACAUUAUAAUUUGCUGUAGGUGUUAUUUAUGCAAUUGCAAAUUUGAAGGCUGAGAGCAAAUUGUAUGUAUUGAAAGAUAUUCGUCAAAGCCUUUUGGUGUGAGUUAGUGUUUUGGUUUCUUUUUUGUAAUUAACAUGUUUUUUUGCUAGGGUGAAGACUAAACAGGAUGCAGUGUCUUAUUCAUGCUGUUUACCAUGUGUGGUUUUCUGCUAAUUUUAUCACCGCUCUCGCUUUUGAAAUAACAGCUAGCUUGGUAAAUGAUGUUGAUAGGUUGAAUAGCAGCAUGUCUGGACAUGUUUGAUUUAUGAUCUGUUAAUUGUUAUCAAAGUAGGCAGCAGUUUGAUUGUCAAUAGCUUUGUUAAGUCCUGGUACUUAGAAAUGUUUACCAGUAAUUUUUGCUUUUGUUUUUUUUUUAGAGAUGGUAUGGAAAAAACCUUUUGUAAAAUGCUGAUUUCACAGUAACCAAUUCCAGGUUCAUAUAGCAUGGAUCACUAUGUUCUUUGCAACAUGUUGGUGAUGGCUAUAGGUCACAUAUUUUCAUCUGAUCAUCACAAAGUGUGUUUUAAUAAGAGUGACCUAACCCUAACCCUUCAUUAAUCAGUCUUGUGGCAAGAAUACUCAAACAGUAGUUAAAAAAUAAAACAGGAGUCAGUAUUCAGCAAGGUUAUCUUCUUUACACAAUCAUUUGUUGAAGACCACACUCACUUAUCAGAGCUGAUGUUAGGCUGUGUUGCACCCUAGACAAAAGACAAAUGCUGUGUCCCCUAUCCCAAGAAAAGUGUAUGAGUUAUAACAUUUAUUUUGAAAUUUAUUUAGAUGUCCUAGAAAUUGGUGCUUAAAACCUCGCUUUGCAUUUUGCUGUGCAAAAAGUUAUAAGUUUCUUCAGAUUUAGUGCAUUUGUCAAGUCUUGCUUAAUAGGUAUUGUGGCCAGCUCGAUCAGUCUGUCUUUCAACAUUAUUGAUCUCAUCUAAUUUUUAAUUAAUUUUGAUUUUGAGAAACUCCGUUCUACUCUGGCAGCAGAAAUUGAAAUUGGAAGGGUCAAUAAAAUUUUAAGAGACACUACAACAUUCAGCACAAUAUCAAAUAGUUUAUGUUGGAUAAUGUGAAUAUUAAGACUUCUUUAGGGGUUCAUUUUAGGCCUGGGAAGCAGAGUUCCUAUGCAUCAGUGACUGUGCUGUGUGUGUGCAUUAGUGCCUUUUCCAAGACCUUGCAAGAAAGUAGAAUGUCCUUUGUUGGCUUUUCAGAAAUGCUUUGGACAUCAUAAAGAAAUCCAAAUAAGGUGCUGUGCUCCUACAUCUAUUUAAAUCUGUCUUCAGUGGACGCAGUGGUUGUGUCUAUCACAGCACAAAAAAAACUGACUUUGAAACUUCAUCAUUAUCUUCUAUUGUGUUGUUGAAACUUCAGCAUGAUCUUCUGUCUUCGGCUGCCUCAUAGUAAACUGUAAUUAGCAAGGGCUUGAGCUUCAGCAUGUUUCUUUUCAUGAUGCUCCCCGAAGGCUUGCAUUCUUAGCAAUAUUUAUGAGAGCAUCAUAAAUUUUACCUAGCUGGUAUCUCAGGUUGAUGAUGAUGAUGAUGAUGAUGUAGUUUUAUAGCGCGCCAGUAUCCGCAUCACAAAGAUGCGCUCAAUGCGCGGUAAUCCCAGCAGCCACCAAACUGCAGGUCAAAUGAAAAGGUUUCAAAGCAUCUAUUCUAUUUUCCCAUCUGGUUUCACUUAGUGGUUUUCUAAACAUGAUUUUUCAGUACUUUCCAACAUCUUGACCCAGAGAAAUAAUUAUAAAUUUGUUGAAUUAAUCCAAAGAAAUUGAUAGCCUCUAGACAACUCUUAGCUGCAUCAUUUAAAGAAUGUGCACAGCAUGGGACAAAAAAAACCCAUGGAUUUAUUAUCUGAAAAACCGCUGUCUUUGCCUUUCAUGUUGCUUUCAUUAUCAUAGCCUUGACCUCACAGGUUAUCUAUUCAAGUCCAUUUCUUGAAGUUGUUUGAGAAGAACUUCUGUCAUAAACGCACUUCAUUUUCAGACAAUGGUACAAAUUCUGGGAAAUGCUUUUAUUGCAAUGUGAAACCUAGAACUUUCAGAAGCAGUGAUUAACAAAUGAAUAAUCACUGUCAUUUUCUCAUUGUGACUAACAUCUGGUGUGCAGUUCAAGAUGACAGAAUAAUACUUAGCUUGACUAGCAGCUGUUGAAAUUUUCUGCUUUAUUGCAUUUGCUAGCGGCUAUAUUCAUUCUGUGUAUCUUUUCCAAGAUAGUGUAUCAUUGUCAUUAAUUCUUCACAAAUGUUCAUUCAUCACACAGUCAAAAGUGCUAGUUAUUCUACAAACUUCAAGGAAUUGCCAUUUCUUGCACUAUGAAGGUUGCCAUUUGCACCACGUAAUGCAGGGUUUUGCAUUGCAUUAGGAUAAAAGAGAAAGGUGGGGCUGGCAUGUGGUCCCAAUCAUCCUAGGGGUGUGCCCCGACCAGCCCCAUCCCCAUCUCUGCCUCUUAUUAACAAGAACUUUUAGGCCUGAGAUCAACGUAAUGUACUGGACCCAUCAGUAAUUGUACAGUUUAUGCUAGCUGCUGCCUUGUCUGAUAGUCAUUGUCACAAAUAUGAUCCCAAGUCACCUCUGAACUCCUGAAUGUUUUACUACCUUUCAAGGCAGAAACAAUAUAGGCAGCUCUGUAUACUUUAACAGCUUCUGUACACAUUUCCACAUUAUGCAAAAACGGUAUCAUCUAAUCAUGAUGAUUAAUCAUAACAAAGUUGUGUCCAAUGUGCAUCUUACAAGAUGGCAGGAUCAUACUGCUUUCUUUGAUAUCCUUUUAUGAAAGAUAACCCAAACUAAAAACAAAAUUAAAAUUUAAGUUACGAUCAAGUUGACAGCUGUUGCUACAAGAAAACAGUGAAUUUUUAAUUUUCAAAAAAACACAUAUGUGCUUACAAUUUCACUGAAGGCUGCAGCAAGCAUGAUUUCUUUAAACAGAUGCUAAAACAGCAUUGCAGUCAUUGCACCAACAUGCUGUCAUGAUGGACCUCUUUCUACAACCCAAGUGAGAACUGUUUUCACCUGGGCUUGUAUCUUGUGUACAGAACUUUUCACUCAAAUUUGGGAAUUCGUAUCUUUGUAUGUUAAUGAAUUCAUGAAAUCAUUGAAAAUAACUUUGCUUUCAGAUUAGCCUUACAAUAUCUUGCGUGUUAAAGUUUUUGGCAAAAAGGAGUUGCAAAGGUUUUAAAACUCCAUAAUUAUUCCCUUACUGUUCUAACCCAAGAGCAUUUUUUUAAUGAGUGGGUUUUGUUUUAAUUUCAUGUUUGACUUGAAUUAGCCUUUUCAUUACAGUACUACUGCAGCAUUUGUUUGAAUGAACUUGUGGACACCAAAUGUACAUCGUACAGAAUCCUGUGAACCUUGUAAGCAUCUUAUCAGUGUUAGAAAUAGUUUAACAUAUUGAGAUGAGAUGUUGGGGGAACCUUAUUGGAUUGGUUCUUCUGUCUGAAUUAUAAAGAAGCAUACUCAUGAAAUUCGAAUUCUUAAUUAGACUUGAAAAAAAGAGCUAGUUUGCUUAACUGGGAUUUUUUUACUUUUGUGUGACUGUUGUACUAAAUAGCUUUUACAUUCCAUAUUUAUAGGACUCUCAUUUUAUUGCCAUUUUCAUUCUUGCACUUUUGCUGCUUUUUCCCCCCAUGAAACUUCAGUGUUGGACCUCACGACUUUAUUCUAGUUGUACAUUCUUUAUGCGUUUAAAAAAAUUACCUUUCCUAUA